AUGACUGACUAUGUCGAUGUCUCCAUAGCGAAUACGGCUAGCUACAAUGCGAUCUCCUUUGACUGCACACCGAUUGAUUUGGCCGGCAUUCAGGUAAAUGGCAGUGAUCAGACCCCGCCUUGCGGAGGCCAGCAGCUGGCUGGGGGAGCCACCACUGGCGAUCAUGAUCAGGGAGACGAGGACGAGGAAUUCAAGGAGUGCGAGGCGGAUCAAAGUGGAAAAUCACCGUGUAAGUUACAUCCGCUUUCCCCAUGUGGCUCGCUUUUGCUCUCCCCCUGCAAAUCGCAACAACACAACGAGUUCGUCUCAUCGCCUUUACCUUCACCUUCACAUUCUUCCUCUUUCUCCCAAGUCAUGUACUUACAAAAGGAAUGCACUACAGCGAGGUCGGAGAUCAAUGCUAUGAAGGCGAUAGUUGCCGAAUAUGAAGAUGCGAUGAAGAAAAUGAUCGUCGAGCUACAGCAGCUUCGGGCUACCAAGGCAAAUGACGAUAUUGCAAACAUGAACAAGAGAUUGGUCAAAGAGCUAUCUCAACUGGAACAAUCAUAUUCCGACCUCAAGUCUCGAUUUGACGAUAUCAAGGUUAUUAAUGAGGGGCUUCGAAAGACAGAAGAAUUGCAGCGAGGCACGAUUCUUGCUCUUGAGGCAGACAUCUCGAGAAACGGGCAAAAAUACGAAUCUCUUCGGCUUUUAGCUGAACAAAAAAUCGCAGAGGCAAAUAACGAGGUAACCAGAGCCAGACAAGAGGCCUCAAAUGAAUCCUCGGCCCUCAAAGCAAGAAUCACCCGCGCAGAGCUUACAAUCAAGUCGCUAGAGUCUACAAUCGAGGCUAAAACGCAAGAAAACAAAGAGCUAAUGGCUAUAUGCGACGAUUUGAUUUUAAAAAUGGACUCUACCCACUAG